AUAUUAACACAGUAACGUUAUUCAAGAACGUGGUAAAUGAACGAAAAGUCAAGAACAUUCAGUUGGCUUUCAUAAAUGAACAAUAAAUAUUCUUAAGUACAGACAUUCGAGGAAGUAAAAAUGAUGAACUAUUUUGUCGGCGUUGAUGUAGGAACUGGAAGUGCAAGAGCAGGAUUAAUAUCUUCCAAUGGGAAAAUUAUAAAAGUAGCAACAUGUCCUCUUGAGAUAUUUCAUCCAGCGCAAGAUUUUUAUGAACAAUCUUCUGAUAAUAUUUGGGACGCUGUUUGUAAAGUAGUUAAGACAGUUAUAGAAGGUACUCCGAUUGAUAAUAUUAAAGGUAUUGGAUUUGAUGCCACUUGUUCUUUAGUAGCAAUAGACAAAAAUGGAUUACCAGUUAGCGUUAGUCCAUCAGGCAAAGAUAAACAAAAUGUUAUACUUUGGAUGGAUCACAGAGCUCAGAAGGAAGCAGAUCUUAUUAACAAUCUUGGACACGACAUACUUCGUUACGUAGGUGGCAAAGUUUCUUUAGAAAUGGAGACACCUAAAAUGCUUUGGCUAAAAAACAAUUUACCAUCAUCCUGGAAUCGUGCAACAUUGCUUUUCGAUCUUCCUGAUUUUCUAACUUGGAAAGCAACUGGUUCCGAGUCUAGAUCUUUGUGUUCUUUGGUUUGCAAGUGGAAUUAUUAUGCUGAACCUGGUGUAAAUAACUGUGGUUGGAAGGAAGACUUUUUCAAUCAAAUUGGCUUACAAGAUCUCAAAGAUAAUCAUUGGAGUAAAUUAGGUAAAGUGAUAAAAGCUCCUGGUGAACCAGUCGGUAAAGGAUUAUCUGCAAAAGCAGCAUUAGAAUUAGGACUGUUAGAAGGAACAGCAGUAGGCACAUCUCUCAUCGAUGCACAUGCUGGUGGACUUGGUAUGAUUGGUUGUUCUGCUCCUGGUAUAUCUAACGAAUUAACUAGUCGAUUAGCACUCAUAUGUGGUACAUCGACAUGUCAUAUGGCUGUAAACGAGAAUAAAAUAUUUGUUAACGGUAUUUGGGGACCUUAUUAUAGUGCUAUGAUUCCUGGUUUAUGGCUACAUGAAGGUGGUCAAAGUGCAACUGGAAAAUUACUUGAUCAUGUGAUCGAUACACAUCCUGCUACUCCUAAAAUUCUGAAAUCUUUAGAAAAUAAUAAACAUAUUCAACAAUAUUUAUCUACGUUAUUGCAAACUAUGGCGUUUAAAAGAAAUCUUAGAAAUGUAUCCUAUUUAACAAAAAGUAUUCACGUCUGGCCCGAUUUUCAUGGAAACCGUUCCCCACUUGCUGAUCCAACGUUAAAGGGAAUGGUUUCAGGUUUGUCUCUAUCAGUGGAUGAAGAAAGUUUAGCAAUAUUAUAUCUAGCUACAAUACAAGCAUUAACGUAUGGAACGAAAUAUAUUUUGGAAACUUUGGUAACUGCGGGUUACAAGAUAGAAAGUAUAUUAAUAUGUGGUGGUCUUAGUCAAAACCCAUUGUUCGUUCAAAUUCAAGCAGAUGUUUUAGCUUUACCCGUGCUCUGUCCUACAGAAAAGGAAUCUGUUUUAAUAGGAGCAGCUAUUCUCGGAUCAUAUGCAGCAAAAGAAUUUCUUUCCAUGGAAACUGCUAUAAAAUCAAUGGGAGGUCAUGCAAAAGUUGUUCAACCUCAAUUGGAAUGUUACAAAUAUCAUUUACGAAAGUACGAAGUUUUUAAAAAGAUGGUGCAAGAUCAAAGAGAUUAUGACAAGUUUAUGAACGAAGAAAUAAGUACCUGAUUUGUUUAUAUUAUUUGUUAAUAACAUUUUUAUCAAUAACAAUAACUAUUAUUACAAUGACAUUUAUAU